GAAAAGGCAACCGAAGCGAAAAGGAGAAGAAGAGGGGUCGAAAUGAACCCUCGAAAAUCAGAAACCGAAGGAUUUUGGGUUUGAAAGAGGGGACAUGCGUUUGUGGUGGAGGCGGUGGCGGUGCGGGAGCGUCGAAACGUCGUCGUCUCGGUGCGAUGCGGCUGGUGGCCGACGUUGAUGGGCGUGCAGCAAUUCCAAUUGCAGAUGAGUUGGCAGCCGAGUCUACUGAGUCAGAAGCGGAAGACUGGGCCGCCUCUAGGGUUGAAGAACCUCGGCAAUUCUUGCUACCUCAACAGCGUCCUUCAGUGCCUCACCUACACUCCUCCUCUCGCCAAUUUCUGCCUCCGCAACCUCCACUCUUCUCUCUGUGACUCCUCCGAUAAGGAACGGAAGCGGGAGUGUCCGUUUUGCAUUCUUGAGAGGCGGAUUGUCAGGUCUCUCAGUGUGGAUCUUAGUCUGGAUGCUCCGGCCAAGAUUCGGAACUGUCUGAACAUCUUUGCCGAGCAUUUCUGCCACGGCCGGCAGGAAGAUGCUCAUGAGUUCCUCCGUUACGUUAUUGAUGCUUGCCACAACACCUGCCUUCGCCUCAAGAAGCUCCGGCUGCGCAAUGUCGCCAGCAAUGGCCACGCCAACAGACAUGGAGCGCUAGCCAAUGGGAAUGGUGUGGCCAAUGGGAAUGGUGCGGGGAAUGGGACGGCAGCGCAGGCGUCCACGGUGGUGAUGGAGAUAUUCGGGGGAGCUUUGCAGAGCCAGGUGAAGUGUCUGUCUUGUGGCACGGAAUCUAAUAAGGUUGAUGAGAUAAUGGAUAUUAGUCUUGAUGUUUUGCAUAGUAAUUCACUGAAAGACGCAUUGCAAAGGUUUUUCCAGUCCGAGCUUCUGGAUGGCCAAAACAAGUACAAGUGCGAAAGAUGCAACAAAUUGGUGGCAGCUAGGAAGCAAAUGUCUAUACUUCAAGCACCUAAUGUUCUUGUAAUCCAACUUAAGAGAUUCGAGGGUCUAUUGGGUGGGAAGAUUGAUAAGUCCAUUUCGUUUGAAGAGUUUUUGGUGCUUUCAAGCUUCAUGUGCAAAGCAAGCCAGGAUUCACGUCCGGAAUAUAAGCUCUGUGGUACUAUUGUGCACUCUGGUUUCUCACCCGAGUCUGGUCAUUAUUAUGCAUAUAUUAAGGAUGCAAUGGGUCGUUGGUAUUGCUGCAACGAUCAGUUUGUCUCGCUUUCAACUUUGAAAGAGGUUUUAUCUGAAAAGGUCUACAUCCUUUUCUUCUCUCGUACCAACCAAAGGUCGGUUAAUACUGCUUCAAAUGGGGUAAAGUCCUAUGGAUGUAAUGGUCUUGAAGCUUCUGAAAAAUCAAAGCCUGCUCUUCCACCGAAAGGACCACAAUUAAAAAUUUCUGAACAGUCUUCUUGGAAGGAUAUUUCUACUAAAUCACAGGUUCAUAAAGUGCCGUCAGGCCCACGGAUGAAGCUUAACAUCAAUGGAACAUAUAGCGCCAAAAAAACUUCUCUAACUGGUAAUGGAAAUAUUGCUUGCAAGAACCAUUCUUUGGGAUUAAAUGGGGAGGUGAAGGACUCAGUCUUGGAUAGAAGUGAGAAAGUCAAUCUUCCUUUGAUGAAUGUUGAUGGUUUGAACAAGAAUAUAACAUCUGAGACUGUUGAAGCUAACAAUAACCAACCAUUUUCUUCACCAAUAGAAAAUGUUAGCACGGGCUUUGUGAAAUCUGAACCCUCUGAAGGUCCUGGUUCAGUGAAAACUGAACUUCCUGAUCAUUCUGAAUUCGGUAACAAUGGCAUACAUGGCCAGUCUGCCAUCCUUGGGCCCAAAAGAAAGUCUCGGGGUUCAAUUUUGUUUGAACAUGACGCCCAAUCUCUGAAGAAAGUUGAAGAAUUGAAGAAAGGUCUCAAAGAAGAAGCUCGUUCAAUUUUGCAAUCAUCUGGUUGGGUGGAUGAGGUUUUAAGGUCUAUGCGUUCCCGGAAAAGGUUAUGUGUAGAUCAAGUUGGACUCACUCAGAAUGCUGAUGAAGCAAAGAAUCUGUUAAUCAGGGAUGUCAAAUCAGCUUUUAUUUCAAAGAUACCCGAGUCUUUGAAAGGGGGCUUCAUCAAACGUAUUAAAUCAUUUAGUGAAGAACAGUGACAUUAUUGUCAGCUUGCUUGAUGCUGAACCUGUUUGCUGACACUCUUACAUAGUGGGACUUGGUGUAUAAUAUGUACAGAAACUGUUGUAUUUCCCAAUGAAGCAGAGUAUCAUGCUACAAAGUGAACCCUGCUUCAGAAAGUGUCUCAGCAGUUACUUUUUGACAAUGGUGAUUUACUUGUAUGUGCACGAUGUCAAGUUGAGAUGAAAGUGCGAAAACAGAAUUGCCAAAAUUUUUGCUCUUUUGAGGCUGUGUUAUUGGUUGUUGGGCAGAGAACAAGUGAAGAGAUUAGAGAUAUAUUCAUUGAUGUAUAAUAUUCUUUUGGUUUAGCCCAUGUUUUGAUUGAUUACAACUUUUCGAUCAAAAUGUGGUCGGAUAGUUAAGAAAAAGAUUAGCAAUCCAAUCGAGUUGUCUUACUUUAUAUCAGUUUCAACUUCCUACGGGGAGAUGGUGAAAACCCGGGAUAAUAUUUUGGAUGACAGUGAUAAUAUAUUUUUAUUUCUCAGUUUA